GGCUGCUGAAGACUUCAAAAUCCUCAAAUAUGGAUUCGAAUAUGCCUAUGAUACUGCCAAAGGGCAUAGUCAUCAAUUCCAAAAACAUAUAUAAAGAGGUUGCUGAUUUUCCUUUGGUUCCCCCUGACAAGGUUUGGGAGUACUGGCAUGUGUAUACGACAACAUAUAAGAAGCUCAAGGAUCCGACUGCUUGCCGACUUGAAAACUUUUGGUGGCAUGUUUGGGGAAGUGAUCGCAGGUUUCUCAAGGGUAGUGCCCUGGCAAAACUUUACGAGGAGAUCUCGGUUGGACCAACCUUUGUCCCCCUCAAGGGACCGCCAAAUCGAUGGGAAGGACCCGAUAUACCACCCCUGAUCAGACAGAUUCUAGAAGCCGCUGAAUCUCAGGCGACCCCACCACUGACACAAACCCAAGGGUCCCGCCCUUCAAGAUCCACCGACUCAGCGUUAAGAACAUUAUCUUCAAGUGCCUCAAAGCCGCCACCCGCCCACCCAAUCUUGAAAAAAGCCCGAGGGCCAUCAUCAUCGGGGCCUCGGCCAACGGCUCGUUUUGUAUCACCCCAUGAAUCCGCUGAUGAGGACGAGAUCCCCUCUUCAGGGAGCACAGCUGCGACAGUGUCUGAGGCGCCCGUGUAUGUAACGGAUCCGCCGAAGAAGAAAAUGGCCAUUACACCCCCUCAGAAGCUUACCCCCUCGUCUCCCGUCACGAGUAAAAAAACCACUCAGCUAAGCAAAUCAUCAUCAAGCGCGGGACCGGUUAUUCGAGAAGCCGGGGCUGGAAAAUCGAGCGGGCCAAGGAAUGGCACGCUGCGGCCCGUACUUAACAUUGCUCGCACAAAUGUGGAAUACGACCAACCAGCCUCUAAGGACAUGAAUGGAAUGACCAGGGAAGGUCACCCAUAUCCGAUGAGCGAGAAGGCACGAGGAAAACAACCAGCAGUUCCUGUUCGGCCAGUUACAUACAGAAACGAAGUCGUCAAGGACGUGAUAGAAGAAGAAACUUGGCCAUCACCCCCUAAAGAUCGACCUCGAAGCAUUCAUCGAGAGAAAGGUGUGCUCCCCCAAGCUCGCUCUCUCAUAAACCUUGCGAACCACGGACCACGAAGAGGGUCUGGAGCUUCUUCAAGGUCGACUAUCGGAGUGGGAUCGCUUGAGAGUGGAAGGAGUCUGGAAACCCCCCCUAUGGCACGAUCCCAUUCCCAUGGCGGAUAUGAUCAACCAAAACCGCACAACAACAUUCGAGCACCUGGACUCUUUACGGAAGCCACCUCGUCGACAUCCAACGUUGCGGUGACUGGCACGAUUCUCGAUCAAUCUGGGUUUGGAUCCACGUCGGACUUGAGUAUUAUCGAUCAUUCACGGCUUGAACAUCACACCAUCCCCGUUGUACCACCACAACCCUCUAUCCUCGAUGCUCGUUUCACCCCAACUCCUCCUACUACAACAGCUAGUGUACCUCUAGGACGCACAAAAAGCCAGCUAACACUACUACUUGAACGAGAAAAGGCACGAAGCGGUGAUAGGUCGCGAUCCAGAAACUAAGAUAUUCUUUGUACCCCUAAAAACCAUUAUGUCACCGUUAUUCUGUGUCGUGGUAAGGUCUCACCACGGCUAUGUACACCAUUUAUAAACAAGGGCCUAGCUCACAUAUUAAGCAAAAUGCUUCUUUCUCCGUAUGACUCCA